AUGGUCGUGUCCUUUAACCGAUAUCUACCGGUAAUCCUGCCGGAGAUCGAGGACAGUGAGUCCGGUCGUGUUGCCGUGAAGGCAAACGGAGUCGAGCCACUCGACGGCAAGCAACGUGCUUCCUACGUCACGAAUGAAACUGUCGCAAGAGAUUGUUCGACCACCAUCUGUAGCGGUUGCCCGACAACGACGACUACGUCAACGACAGCAGCAGCUUCCGUGACGACGCCGGCGGUCACAGUGCCGCUAUGUGUCCUGGGUGAGGUGCAGCUGCGCUUCCUCUGUCCCGAUGAUCUGGAAGAGGUGCGCUCGCUCUGUCAAGAUUGGUUUCCCAUAGAUUAUCCUUAUUCAUGGUACGAAGACAUUACAAGCUCAUCAAGGUUCUAUGCACUUGCAGCGGUAUAUGGCGGAGUAAUAAUAGGGCUAAUCGUUGCAGAGAUAAAGCCUUAUGCUAGGUUAAAUAAAGAAGACCGCGGUAUCUUGUGUUCCAGUUUAGGAAAAAAUUGUCUAGUAGGUUAUAUACUUAGCUUAGGGGUACGACGCGCAUAUAGGAGAAAUGGAAUAGCUUCGUUGCUGUUGGAACAACUGUUGGCCCAUGUCACUGCUCCUGAACGUUCCUCUGUAAAGGCAGUCUUCCUACAUGUGCUCUCCAGCAAUGCUCCUGCUAUAUUGUUUUAUCAGAGGUGUCACUUUCGGUUGCACAGUUUUCUUCCAUAUUACUAUUCGAUACGGGGAAAGUGUAAGGAUGGUUUUACAUACGUUCUCUAUGUUAACGGCGGACACGCACCAUGGGGCAUCUGGGAUUGGGUGCGCCACUUGGCCGGCGCGAUGACCAACUUUGUACCAUGCAGGGUACCGCGUUGGAUCUGGCAGCGUCUUCUAUGGGCGACUACCAUUCUUUCUUAUCACAGAUGAUACAUUUUGUGAUUUAUCAUGUUCCAUACAUAUGUGUUGUGUAUAUGCUUAUUUUUCUUUUUUGGAUUCUAAAACUAUACGCGCAUUGAAGUGCCAUAUGUCGAUUCACUUUUUUAUAAAGGAUUUAGUUAGCUACAGAGUUCUAUUUGAUUUUAUUAUUGAAUAGAUUCGUGCUGAUGUAAACUUAGAAAUAAAUAUUAACCAUGAUCAACUUAUAAUGCCAACGAAUAUUUAAAUUCAUCUAAAAUUUGAGAAAAGCAAAGACUAUAAAGUAUCUUAGCACAACUUUUGUUACCAAGGAUAACUAGUUGUUAAAAACUAUUACUAUUACUAAUAGUAUUGUAAUAGUUCAAAAUAUGUAACUGCCAAAAAUAAUUAAGUUGAAAUAAUUUGCAUGUUACUAUCUUCCACAGUACUUUUAAAAGUACAGAGUAGAAUCGUUUUUAUUUUGAACUUAAAGAAGAAGAGCUUUGAGAUAAUUAUAUUUAAUGUGAUACAAGACUAAAAAAAGACAGUUUAUUGCUGGCGUUUAUAAAAAUUUAUACAUUACAUCGAAAAAACAAAUGUAUACACAGAAUGGAAUAAGCCAUUAUGUUUUUGAAUUAUGAAAAUAUAUUAAACAAAUUAUUUUCUUUAAAAUAUGCCUUACACAUAGAGGAAAUUAUCUGUCUCUUAAAUAAUUUAAAGGUGAGCUUCAUUCUUUUAUAAUAAUAAAUUAUAUAUCUUUAGACAAACUUUUUAUAAACGUAUGUAAUAAAUUAGCUGUAUAUAAUAUUACUGCUAUAUUAGAUACAUUAUACAAAGGCAAAAUAAUAAUCACAAAUAAUACUUUAGUGAUAAAAACGUGAUAACAUUAGUCUCAUUUCAAACUGUGUAUACAAGCACAUAUUUAUAAGAAAAUGUGUAGUUAUUUAUAUUUGUUUUUACAAACUCGAGAUAUAUAUAAAAACUUUUUUUUACAUAUAUUAUUUUGAAAUGUGGUCACAAUUUUACUAUAAAUUCUAGAAUAAAUUUAAAAAGUGAGUGUGAAAAUGAUGUGUGAAUGUAUGUGCAGAGUGAUAUUUAUACACAUAAUGUAAAUAUAAAUAUAUAUAUA